AUGAAAUACAACGCAUAUCAUUAUUUACAAUUAUGUUACAGAUUGUUAUCAAAUCACAAGAAAGUAAAAUAUGUCCUCCGUGCCCGACAAAAGUGCAAGCAAAUAAAUACGAAAGCAGAACUGAAAUUGCGUGAAUUGAAUCAUUUGCAAAAACAAUAUAGAGCAGUAAACAAACAGGAACGCGAUAGCAACCUUGAAAUCAAAUUUUUUACCAAAAACGUAAGUCGAGCCUGUGUUGAGUUGUUGUUGUUUGAACCCGCAGAUGAAACUCAGGGGAUUGUUGCUGCUGAAGCUAUGAACCAUUGCAGUAAAUACCAUCACCGCUUGAGUUUUGUUGUAAGUUGCGACUUCGUUGUGGUUUUCGCCUUAAACCCGCCACAUUUGAUAGUCACCUCGCAACUGGUUUUGAAGUGGUGA